UGUCUCAGCAGCAGCAGCAGCAGCAGCGUUGAGUGUAGUAGUAAAAUCUGCCUUCCUCACAGUCAGCUCGCAUUUUGUGUCACCGUGUCACCGGGAGAAGAGAAGAGCGACAGACUGCUGCUGCGCGUCCGGGCCAAACCAGUCACUAAAUCCACGCGACGCGCCGCUGCGGGCAAUGACAUUGGCGCUCUGAAGUGGGAAUACACGAGAAAACGCAAAAAUGACGGUGGACUUUGAGGAAUGUAUCAAAGAUUCACCCAGAUUCAGAGCUGGCAUCGACGAUGUGGAGACGGAUGUGGUGGAGAUCGAGGCAAAGCUCGACAAGCUGGUGAAGCUGUGCAGUGGGAUGAUCGAGGCCGGCAGGGCCUACGUCAGCGCAAACAAACUCUUCGUGAAUGGCAUCAAAGACCUGUCCCAGCAGUGCAAGAAGGAGGAGAUGAUAUCAGAAUGCCUUGAAAAGUGUGGCGAGAGACUCCAGGAAAUCGUCAACUACCACAUGAUUCUGUUCGACCAGGCUCAGCGCUCCAUUAAGCAGCAGCUUCACACCUUCAUUAAAGAGGAUGUGCGUAAAUUCAAGGACACUAAAAAGCAGUUUGACCGUGUCCGUGAGGACAUGGAGCUGGCCCAGGUGAAGAACGCUCAGGCGCCCAGGAACAAAGUCCACGAGGCAGAGGAGGCCGCGCAGGCCCUCAUCCUCAGCCGUAAAGCCUUCAGGCACCUGGCGCUGGACUAUGUACUACAGAUUAAUGUUCUUCAGGCGAGAAAGAAGUUUGAAAUCCUGGAUGCUAUGUUGUCCUUCAUGAGAGCCCAGUACACUCUGUUCCAGCAGGGCUUCAACAUCUUGGACGAGAUUGACCCCUACAUGAAGAAACUAGCCGCACAGCUGGACCAGCUGGUCAUCGACUCGGCCAUGGAGAAGCGAGAUUUGGAGCAUAAACACGCGAUCAUCCAGCAGAGAACUCUGAUGCAGGACUUUUCCUAUGAUGACCCCAAGCUGGAAUUUAAUGUGGAUGCUCCCAAUGGUGUGGUCAUGGAGGGCUACCUCUUCAAGAGGGCGAGCAAUGCUUUCAAGACCUGGAACAGACGAUGGUUUUCUAUACAAAAUAGCCAACUGGUUUACCAGAAGAAACUCAAGGACUCUUUGACCGUGGUGGUGGAAGACCUGAGGCUGUGCUCAGUCAAACCCUGUGAAGAUAAUGAGAGGAGGUUCUGCUUUGAGGUGGUUUCUCCCACCAAGAGCUGUAUGCUGCAGGCGGAGUCUGAGAAGCUGCGGCAGGCUUGGAUCCAGGCCGUGCAGGCAAGCAUCGCCUCAGCUUACAAAGACAUCACUGACAACUAUUACAUAGAGCGUCUGGACCGCACCGCGUCGCCCUCCACCAGCAGCAUCGACUCCGCCAGCGAGCCCAGAGACAGAGGGGAGAGAGGGGAUAAAGGAGUGAGGGGAGGAGGAGGAGAAAGCCUCCUUCAGAGGGUGCAGAGCCUGCCGGGCAACGAGCUGUGCUGCGACUGCAGCCAGACCUCUCCAUGCUGGGCCUCCAUCAACCUGGGAGUGCUGCUCUGCAUCGAGUGCUCGGGCAUCCACAGGAGUUUAGGCGUCCAUUGCUCUAAAGUGCGUUCACUGACGUUAGACUCAUGGGAGCCGGAGUUACUGAAGCUGAUGUGUGAAUUGGGGAACACUGUGAUUAACCAGAUCUAUGAGGGAGGCUGUGAGGAACAAGGAGCCAAAAAACCUGGACCCUCCAGUUCAAGGCAGGAGAAGGAAGCCUGGAUCAAGUCCAAAUAUGUGGAGAAGCGCUUCCUGAAGAAAAUGAGCGGCAGCGAGGCCUUAGUGGAGGGUGAGAGGAAGUCCCGCCCCUGGACGGUGAAGAAGUGCCAGCGACACAGCAGUUCUGUCCGCGCCCCCAACAAGGCCCGCAGGAAGUACCACCGCUACGAGCCAGGCAGCGCCUCACCUGCAAACCUCUCAGCAGCAGCUGCUGCAGCAAAGUUUCGCCGGGACUCCCUGUUCUGUCCAGAUGAGCUGGACUCACUGUUUUCCUACUUUGACACUGGCUCUGGUCCUCGCAGUCUCAGCAGUGACAGCGGCCUCGGAGGAAGCACUGACGGCAGCACUGACAUCCUGGUUUUUGGCUCAGUUGUGGACAGUGUCACGGAAGAAGAGGAGGAGUCGGAGGAGUCCUCCAGCGGUGAGGUGGAGAUCGAACAGGAAACGUCUUCAGACCCAGAGGAUCCCAGAGAGCUGCAUCCCGGGGCGCUUCUCUACCGAUCCUCACGUUUGCACAACCUGCCUCUCAUGGCCGAGGCGGUCGCCCACGGUGCUGACGUCCACGCCGCAAGUGAAGAGGAGGAGGGAAAAACGCCGCUCAUACAGGCCGUGAUCGGGGGUUCUCUCAUUGCUUGCGAGUUCCUGCUACAGAAUGGUGCUGAUGUGAAUCAGAGGGACAUGAGAGGCAGAGGACCGCUGCACCACGCCACCUUCCUGGGACACACAGGUCAGGUGUGUCUGUUCCUGAAGAGAGGAGCGUCACAGACGGAGGUGGAUGAGCAGGGUCGCGACCCACUAAGCAUUGCUGUGAAAGCUGCCAAUGCGGACAUCGUCACACUAUUGCGUCUAGCGCGGAUGAACGAGGAGAUGCGAGAGGCCGAGCCUCCGUUGGGUCAACCAGGUCAAUACCACAGCAGCAGCCCCACUGAGCAGCAGUAUAGGAAGUGCAUCCAAGAAUUCAUCUGCCUCACGAUAGACGAAUGCUAGUCACUUCUGUAUCCAGGAGCAUGGCUUGUGCCCUAUACAUACAGUAUAUAUACAGUAUAUACAUACUAUGGUAUAUAUUCCUCUUGACUGGAAACGGAAAGUGACCCUGUAGACAAAGUUGCCCCUAGACACUGAUCUCAGUUACUCGUGUAGAUCAAGGCUUAUGGGGAACUUCUUCAGGGUGUCUGAGAAGAGCGGAGCGUACCACUUGCUCAUUAUGAGGGUGUGUGGUGUCAUAGGGAGACCCCUGAUGGACCUUUUUAACUUGACUGAUGAUACAGUCACCACCUCCAUUUCUCUGCAUCAUUACCAUGUCUCUGCUUGCCAUGACUCAGCACCAGCCAUGCUAUGGUAGCUCCAUCUCCCACACACACAAGGGGGGUGUUUUAAGGUCCAGUGUGUAACAUUCAGGAGGUAAUAUUGUAUAAAUUUUUUUUUUUAUAACGAAAAGUAGUUUAGUUUUCGUAGCCUUAGAAUAAUCUUUGUCAUGUGUACUUUAGCCAAGGGCCUAGCUUUGCGGAGGCCGCCAUAAUUCUACAGCAGCCAAAAUGGACCAACUAGCCAGAGCGUGUGUUUUUCCAUUUUGAAGCUGAAGUCUAGUACACAAACAAAGGAGAAUGGCAUCUUUUCUGGUAUGUGAAAGCCACCGUAGUUCCCUGACAUUCUCACAAACAGGAAGUACGCGCAGAGGAUUUUUAGAUUUGAUCAUUAGAUGUGUUUACAUGCACAUUAAAAGUUUGAUUUUAGUCAGACUAAGACAAUAAUUUGGUUUUCUUAAUGUCAUGUAAACACGUUGGUCCAACUUAAAUUGAGCUACAUACUUGGAUAAUGCGAUUCAUAGUCCAAUUAGUCACAGCACGAUCCAUCUCGCCGUUUGUUUGUUUUUCUGUGAUGUAACGGUCAACAGGAAA